AGGGCAGCUGCACCUUUGGGAUGUGGGUCUGGGCCUGGCCCCAGCCCUGGGGGUACCCAAAGGGAGCCCCCCCCUGCCAGGGGAGUGCAUCGCGUGUCCACCCCGUGCCCUGGGGUGAGGCUGUGCCGGCACUGCGUACCGCGAGAUGCUCGUAGACGCUUUAUGCAUCUGAUUUACUCCGUGACUCUGAUGCUUAUCAACAAAGCGUGAAGAUUGCAAUAAGGAUCCUCCCUGGAAGGCGAGGAGGAGUGACUUCAGGGGGCUGGGAGGAGGUGGAGUGCAGCGCGGCUCUCGCCUAUAAGGAGGUGCCCAGCGCCCGGCUGCUGCUUCCAGCCGCAGCUCGCAAGGUGAAUUUCCGCGGUGCGGGCUCUGCCGCCGGCAUUUGGAGCAUCUCCUCCUCCGGGGGCCGCGGAGGAAGGUCCCUCGGCUUCCCCCGCUCCGGCUGCCCCUUUACCCGGAGUGCCUGGAUGCCCGAUGGAGUAGAUGAGAGGAAGAAGAGGGAGCGCACAGAGGCUGAGGGGCGCUCGGAAACCGGGUCCAGUGUAGACGAGCGGGUGGCUGACUUCCCCCUGUGGGGCUGACCAUGGAUUCCCCGGCCCUCGGGGGUUUCACGCUGCUGCUCGUCAGUUUUUGGCACCUGGGAUUAACCGCAACCAACUAUAAUUGUGAUGAUGCGUUGGUAUCUGCUUUACCUUCAUCAGCCUUUACCAGUUCCUCUGAGUUCUUCAGUACUCACAGUCCCAGCUUUGCAAAGCUCAACAGGCGAGAUGGAGCUGGUGGCUGGUCCCCACUGUACUCCAAUGAGCAGCAGUGGCUCCAGGUUGAUUUAGGAGACAGAGUGGAGAUUGUUGCAGUGGCUACCCAGGGCAGGUAUGGGAGCUCCGACUGGGUAACCAGCUAUACGCUGAUGUUCAGUGACACUGGCCGCAACUGGAAACAGUACCGACAAGACGACACUGUCUGGGUUUUCACAGGGAACAGCAAUGCUGACAGUGUGGUUCACCACAAGCUCCUGCACUCCAUGAAAGCCCGAUUCUUGCGCUUCGUCCCUCUGAAGUGGAAUGUCGGUGGGCAGAUAGGACUGAGAGUGGAGGUCUUCGGCUGCUCCUAUAAGUCAGAUAUUGCAGACUUCGACGGCAGAAGUUCCCUCCUCUACAGGUUCAAUCAGAAGCUUAUGAGCACAUUCAAAGAUGUGGUUUCCUUGAAGUUCAAGAGCAUGCAGGGGGAUGGAGUCUUAUUCCAUGGAGAAGGACAGCGUGGAGACUACAUUACCUUAGAAAUGCAGAAAGGAAAGCUCUCAUUGCACAUCAACCUGGGGGACUCCAACCUGCACUCCACUAACAGCCACACGUCCGUCACCCUGGGCAGCCUCCUAGAUGACCAGCAUUGGCACUCAGUUCUUAUAGAGCGCUUCAACAAGCAAGUGAACUUCACGGUGGACAAGCACACUCAGCAUUUCCGAACGAAGGGGGAUUCAGAUCACUUGGAUAUUGAUUAUGAGCUCAGCUUCGGAGGCAUUCCUGUCCCAGGGAAACCGGGAACGUUUCAGAGGAAAAAUUUCCAUGGGUGCAUUGAGAACCUUUAUUACAAUGGAGUCAAUAUAAUUGACCUGGCAAAAAGGCGCAAACCUCAGAUCUAUACUGUGGGGAACGUGACCUUUUCCUGCUCAGAACCACAAAUUGUUCCCAUCACCUUUGUCAGCUCCAGUAGAAGCUACUUGCUACUGCCUGGCACUCCUCAAAUUGAUGGCUUGUCAGUCAGUUUCCAGUUUCGAACAUGGAAUAAAGAUGGCUUACUCCUGUCCACUGAAUUGUCUGAAAAGUCAGGAUCUCUCUUGGUUUACCUCCACGGUGGGAGAUUGACACUACUUAUUCAGAAAGUGACAGAAAACCCUGUGGAAAUUAGUGAAGGCACCAAUCUCCAUGAUGGUCUUUGGCAUUCAGUUAACAUCAAUGCCAGAAGGCAUCGAAUUACCCUGACACUGGAUAACAAUGCUGCCACUGCCAGCCAUGCAACCAUUGUCUCAAGGAUCUACUCGGGAAACAGCUACUAUUUUGGAGGGUGCCCUGACAAUUUCACUGAUUCCCAAUGUUUAAAUCCCAUUACUGCUUUUCAAGGCUGUAUGAGGCUCAUCUUUAUUGAUAACCAGCCCAAGGACCUCAUUUUAGUUCAGCAAGGCUCCCUGGGGAAUUUCAGUGAUUUACACAUUGAUCUGUGUGGCAUCAAAGACAGAUGUUUGCCUAACUACUGUGAACAUGGAGGAAAAUGCUCUCAGUCCUGGACCACAUUUUACUGCGACUGUAAUGAUACAGGUUACACGGGAGCUACCUGUCAUAACUCUAUCUACGAACAAUCAUGUGAGGCUUACCGACAUCAAGGGAAGUCAUCAGGUUUCUUCUACAUCGAUUCUGAUGGAAGUGGACCACUUGGACCACUUCAGGUUUUUUGCAAUAUAACAGAAGAUAAGAUCUGGACUGCAGUGCAGCACAACAACACAGAGCUAACUAGAGUCCAAGGAGCUGGUCUGGAGAAGCCGUACACCAUGUCCUUUAACUACAACAGUAGCAUGGAGCAGCUUGAAGCUGUGAUAAACAGUGCGGAGUACUGCGAACAGGAGGCAGCCUACCACUGCAGAAAGUCACGUCUCCUGAACACCCCAAAUGGAAUGCCAUUUGCUUGGUGGGUUGGCCGUGCCAAUGAAAAGCAUCUUUACUGGGGAGGAUCUCUUCCGGGCAUUCAACAGUGUGCAUGUGGACUGGAAGAAAGUUGUCUGGAUAUGAGAUAUUUUUGCAACUGUGACGCAGAUAGAGAAGAAUGGACAAAUGAUACUGGCCUCCUUGCUUUCAAAGACCAUUUGCCUGUAACUCAGAUAGUGAUCACUGACACAAACAGAUCAAAUUCUGAGGCUGCCUGGAAAAUCGGCCCUUUGCGUUGCUAUGGAGACAGGCAGUUCUGGAAUGCAGCUUCCUUCAACACUGAGGCUUCCUACCUGCACUUCCCCACCUUCCAUGCUGAGGUCAGCGCAGACAUCUCCUUCUUCUUCAAAACCACGGCUCCCUCUGGGGUAUUCUUGGAAAACCUGGGGAUUAAGGACUUCAUACGAGUUGAAAUAAGCUCCCCCAAAGAGAUAGUCUUCUCUGUAGAUGUUGGGAAUGGCCCCACAGAAGCAAUCGUGCAGUCUCCCACACCCCUGAAUGACAACCAGUGGCACUAUGUCCGAGCAGAGCGGAACCUCAAGCAAACAUCUCUACAAGUGGAUAACCUCCCCAAGAAGGUCCUGGAGGCACCUGCAGAGGGGCACUUCCGCUUGCAGCUCAACAGCCAAUUAUUUGUAGGGGGAACAGCUUCCAGACAAAAGGGCUUUAUGGGAUGUAUUCGAUCUCUACAUUUAAAUGGACAGAAACUUGACCUUGAAGAAAGAGCUAAAAUGACUUCUGGUGUUAAACCUGGAUGUCCAGGACAUUGCAGUAGUUAUGGUAACCUGUGCCAUAAUGGAGGGAAAUGUGUGGAGAAGUAUAAUGGGUAUUACUGUGAUUGUACCAACUCGGCGUAUGAAGGACCGUUCUGCAAGAAAGAGGUUUCUGCAUUAUUUGAAGCCGGCACUUCCGUUACCUAUAUUUUCCAAGAACCUUAUCCUGUCACAAAAAAUGCAAGCAGUUUGAGCUCUUCCAUUUAUGUGGAUGCUGUCAUGCCCAAGGAAAAUAUUGCAUUUAGCUUUCUCACGGCACAUACUCCAAGCCUUCUGCUGUACAUCAACACCUACUUUCAUGAAUAUUUGGCUGUGAUUCUCUCCAAAAAUGGAAGUUUACAGGUCCGAUAUAAGCUGAGUAAGGAUGGGCUUCUUAUUUUCACAAUCGACUCUGGAAAUUUUGCCAACCGAGAGCUGCACCAUGUGAAGAUUAACAGAGAUGGCAGGGAGCUCAUCAUUCAGGUUGAUCAAGUUCUCAAACUCAAACACAACUUUUCUGAGAUUGAUUUUAAGGCCACCAAAUCACUUACCUUGGGCAAGGUCACAGAUAGUUUGUCACUGGACCCUGAAGUCUCAAAGGCAAAUGCCUAUGGAUUCACUGGCUGCCUGUCCUCUGUUCGGUAUAACCACAUUGCUCCCCUGAAAGCUGCCUUACGCCAUCCCAGCAUUGCUCCUGUGACUGUCAAGGGCUCCUUGACUGAAUCCAGCUGUGCAUCCCUGAUGGAAACUGAUGUGAACACAGCAACCACAAUAUAUUCCUCAUCAGAUCCUUUUGGGAAGACAGAUGAAAGGGAGCCUCUCACCAAUGCUGUCAGAAGUGAUUCUGCUGUUAUUGGAGGUGUAAUAGCAGUUGUGAUAUUCAUCAUCUUUUGCAUCAUCGCCAUCAUGAGCAGAUUCCUCUAUCAACACAAACAGGCACAUCGAAGUAGCCAGACAAAGGAGAAGGAACACCCAGAAAAUCUUGAGAGCUCUUUUAAAGCUGACAUUGACUUGCAGAACACAGUGAGCGAGUGCAAACGGGAAUAUUUCAUUUGAUGGACAAUGCAAUUUCUUCUUACUCUUAUUCCCCUAACCAGCCUCCUUCCCUUUCUUUCCUUUCCUUACUGUUCCCUCUCUUUUUUUCUUUUCUUUUUAACAUUCUUUUUUUGCGUACCUUUUUUUUUUUUUCAUUUCGGAAAGACCACCUUGCACAGGAAACACUGACAACAAUCACAGUGCCUCAUUCUCUGCACAAGAACCUGGCAGUCACAGUUUACUUCUGCAGCUGAAGAGAUGUGUUAUCCCACACUACACAGAAUAAGAUCCACAUACACGCCUGGUUUCUUCUUUGAGUUCCUGGAUGUUUCAAAGGCCCUACUUUUACUUCUAUUUUUUCUCUUGGACCAUUUAAUUAAUCACUUUUACACUAGAGCUGGACUAUGUAAAGUAGAGGUAAAGUAGCUGAAUACGUAGCUCUGCAGAUACUGGGACAGGAUAGAGGGAAAGAAUGAGACCAAAACACCAGACUUAUUUUACAGGCUCAUUUACAACAAUCGUAAAGAACCAGCCAAAUUCUCAAAUGAUAUGAAUUGAUAUAUAUAUCUAUUGAUUUCAGUGGUGUUACAUUAAUUUAUACCAGUUGAGAAGCUGGUGUGAGGUAAUGAAAAAUAAAACGUGUCUUUCUCGUUAGGCUCCUUCCCCCAGCCUCCUGUCCUUUUACUGUAACUUUUAGGCUUACCAAUACUUUUCCAACAAUAUAUAUCAACAAUAAAUGUCAUUCCCAUAUGCCUCUUUCAUCUCCAUCUCAUAAGGCUGGCUUUAUAGACCCAACAUACUCUAGCAUAACUCUAGAUGAAGCAUGGAAAUUAGUAGCUUGAAUCUCCAAGGGUUUUAGGAAGCUGCUAGGACUUAGGUGCACUAUAUUUGUCUGAAAUGUUAGAAAUGCAGCAUAUGUUCAUGCCAUAUGGAGGAUUAUCAUGCGCUGAGGUUAAACACCGUUGCCGCUUUGGAAAAGAAAAAAAUACAUAAGAAAAAAAAGUUCAGUUUUAAACAUGAGAUGCACCUUCUGCCAGUUAUAAAAAAUAAUAAUAAUAAUAAUAAAAUUCCAACUUCUUAGAAAAACACACAACCAAAACUGCAUGAAAGUUUGUAGGAAUUGGAAUAUCUUCUCCAAAGCUAAAUAGAGAGAGGUCUAAUGUCAUGUUAAAAAAGGUUAAUAUUUAAUGAACCCUGUGUACAAGGAAGAACAUCAUGGAAUGCUGUGAAAAAAAAAAAAAAAGAAAAAGAAAAAAAAAGAAAAGAAAAAAAAAUCCCAAAUACUGCACUUAAGAGAAAUGGUGGUGAAGAUUAAUUCAAGUCUUCUGUCCUUUCCUGAUUGAAAACAAUACUGAAGACUCAAAUCCUGCUCAUUUUACUUGCGCUGCAUGGAUUUCAAUACAAGCCUGAAAAAUCUUCUUUUCAGUCACAGUAACUGUAAGGCUAAGAAAUGGAGAAGUCCCACUUAAGUGGGGUUUUUAUACCCUGCUUGUGUCUGUGUAACAUACUUCCUUCACAGGACUGCUUUUUCCUACUUAUUGCAGUAUUCUUUGGAUGAUAAUACAUUCAGGAGAAUUAUUGUGCACCUGAAUCUCUUUUUUUCUUGUCCCCUACAUCAUUCUACAGUCAUCCCAGGUUGUCCAUGUACUGAUCCUUUUCACAUAGAUUAAAAUCAAAGAAACACUGUAUUGCUGUAAUGACCAACAGCAACUUAUUGAUGAGAUUACACGUGCAAUGUCUUUUUUUUUUUUUCCCUCCAGGCAAUACACUGAUCACAGAGUUAUAUAGCAGGUUAUUUUUAAUGGAUGGAGGGGUCAAAUAAAAAGAAAUUAGUAAAUGACAGGUUGAAAGUAGUGAUUAUGUGUUACUUCUUUUUGAAGACUUAUGAGAAGUAAACUACAGUGAAGAGAAAGUAAUCUUGGGUUGGUAUUGUUCUUACAUGAAGAGGAAUAUAUGAGACCUGCCCCAUAACCAGAAGUCUAACAAAGCAAUUUCACAAAGCCAGCUAUGUUGAAAUUAGUAUUGAUGUCAUUCUUCCUCGACCAUAAUUGACAGCAACCUUUUUGUCUCAUUCUGGAUGUUUUUAUAAUAUAUGAUUAUUUGAGUGUGUUUCUGUAUGAUGAGAUGUCUAAUCAUGGACUCAUUGGCUGUGUUCCCUUUAUGUUGCUUUAUUCUUCACUGCAAAAUCCUGGCAAAGCAAUUCUUUCUUCUUUUUCCUUCCUUUCUUUUCCUAGAUAAAGCUGCUUUGUCUUUCAUUGAGAGAGGGGAGGAAUGAGCAAGCCCAUGAGCCCCUGUGCCCAUGUUUGAGUCAUCUUAUUUGAAAUGACCUCUGCAUAAGAAAUCUCUGAAGACCUAAUGCACCUAGUUAGCUUUAUUAAAAAUGGCAUAGGAAGAAGGGGAAAGCCAACAGGUGUAUUUUUGUCUGGUAUUUUUGUCUGGCCAAACUAAUAGACACAAAUCAUUCAUCUGCUUUGCUGCAUGCUAGCUUGUAGGAAUAACAGUACUACAAAGUGCAGAUAUAAAGUGCAAAGCUACUCAAACAAUGCAGUAGCUGGAGAAACGAGACUAAGCAAGGAAGCAUAGUCCUCUCAUUUGUCAAGUGACUAAAUCACUUUCAGCCAUCUCAGAAUCUGAUUCUGCAAAAUGCUGAACUUUCUUAUGGAGGAUCAAGUUCCCAUCACCAAAUGCAGCCUUGCUGCAAUCAUUUCAGAUACAGCAUGGUGGCUCAGUCCUGGACCAGGUGGUAUGUCGUGUGCAAUCACAGACCUGGCAAAACAAUGUAAGCGGUUUCUUUAUUUUUCCUUACCUUCAUUAAUUUUAGUCCAGGAUGGAAAAAAAAUAAUAAUCAAAACUUAAAUUUAGCUGUGUUGGUAUGUUUCUAUAAAAAGAAAGAACUACAUGUACAUAAGUGCAUGCAUAGAUAUAAAGAAGCACAUGCAUCUAUGCCUAUGGAUGCAAUGAAUGUGAAUAUUUAUAUGAUACAGGUCUGAACAAAAGAACACAUUUGUAGGAGCUCAUGAUUUAAAAUACUGUCUUCUAAAUCAGGACAUUAAUAUUUUUCUAAUUAAGAACUAUCUAAAACCUACUAUAUAAAGUAAACCCUAAUACUAGCUUUUGAGACAUAUAGGCUGCCACCUAAGUGAAGCAUUGCCUUUAGAAGGAAUUUAGUCUCCUGAGGAUGUAUAUCAAUGCUAAAGUGACUAAACAGGAUGAGCACUUGUUUGAAAUUAAUUUCACUUGGAGUUCUGUGUCUUUUUUACUUUGAGAUGUUUUUUGUUUUUUGUUUUUUGUUUUUUUUUUCUUGUCAUGGUAUGGCCCUUAAAGUAUGUCUACAAUGAAAAACAAAGGCAAACAAAGGACAGGCUUUUAACCUGCAUUGGCUAAACCAGGAUUCUCAUUUGGGUGAAAGUAGCUGUGAAAAAAAAAACACAACUUAGAGCUGUGCUAAGAUCAUCUUCAAUCACAAAUUUUCCUUGAUGUUUCAGUUAAAACUGAUGGCCAAAAUUCAAACAUGAGGUGCAUUUUCUCUGCUUUAUUUUAAUCUGAUCUAGCCAGACUGAACCAAUCCUAUUUAGUAGUCAUUAAGUUUUUACAGUGUAGGCCAAACCUGUAUUUUAAUGAGGUGCUUGUCUAUAUUAGCAUUUAGCUGAUCACAUUUCACAUAUUGGGUGAGGAACAAUCAAUACAUCAUAUGGUUUCACUAGGGUGAGGGGAUAUGAAUCUUCUCAUAAUGAAGUCCACUAUUGAUUUUGCUGCACGUAAGAUUGAGUCCUAGACCACAAAGCACUUGAAGAUUUUUUUAUUAUUAUUAUUUUUUGAGUCCUUUUGUUUUGUUUUGCAUUUGGUUUUACAAGCUACCUGUUUCACACUUGUCAUUCAGUCCUGUCCUUUGGUCUGUGAGGACAGGGCAAACAGCUCAGACAUCCUUUAAGAUGAAAUGAAUCACUCUCAAGAGGUGCAUCUUUCUCUCUAUUGAUUAAAGAGCUCCGGGCAAUAUGCUAGCUGCUUAUAGCAAUGUUUAUCUACAUAGAGGAAUCUCACACUGUGUUUGCAACUCCAGUAGACAUAUCUGCACAGGGCUUACAAAAUACGUUACUUUCAGAGGUGCCAGUUGGAAUUGAGGAAGGAACAUCCUAGCAACUAGAAUUACACUAGUCAUCUCUGCUUAAGAAAUGCAUGUCUACUUAUAGCUGAAAAUCACAUCAAAGCACCCUUUUGAGUCAGUGACCAUCCAGUCAGUAAUCUGUGGAGUUUAGAGAGAAUAGAUCUCUGAUCUAUUCAAAAUACAGGAUCCAUUCAUUGACCUGUGGGAGUGUGGGAGCUUUGACAAAAAGUAUACAUGUAGACGGAUCUACACAGAUUUUGUAAUCUAAAGUUAACCUAGACCCCCCUAGUUGCCUUUCUACCCAUGGGUCUGGUGCCAGUUUGAGAUAAACUGGAUUUCCUUUGCAGCUCCAGUAAGGAUGCAAGUCUCCUGCCUUUCAUGUCCUGUAUCUGCUAGACCCAAGCAGAUAUUUACUGAUACCUGUUGGUUUUUCAAAUUACAUUAAGUGCCCAUCCAGAAGCCCUAACUUCUAAAUGAGGUGAAUCCUUGAAAAAUCCCAUCUUCAGAACAAAAUCAACCUUCCUUUCCAUCAGUGUAAGCCAACUUUUUGAAGUGCGUCCUUUACCCUGGGUUAGCAGAGUCUAAGAGGAGGCAGGAUUUGACUCCUUUGUACUCCACCAUCUCAUGACAUUGUUGUUUCUUGUUUUCACCUACACUAAGCCUGCACUGAAGAAGAUGAGUUUCAAGUAUUGUUUUGCACUGCACAGACACAAAGGGUCAUUAUAUUAUUAUUAUUAUUUAUUUUUCCAAAAGCAACACUUUGUAAAAGAGUUGUACAGAAGCUGAGACCUUGUGAGGCUCUCUGAGACAAGUGCUAUUUCAAAGCUUUCAUGCAGUUUUGCAAUGCUUACUUAUCAAACAAGCCAAGCAAUAUAGUUACAUCCCUGCCAAAAUAUGGCUUUAUCCAGUCUUUUGAGGUUGGUGGGAGGCCUCUUUGUUGACUACAGUUAGAGUUGCACCAAGUCCUUUGGGGUUUUCUUGAAAAGUUACUGUUGCAGCCACACAGCUUCAAAGCAUAUUUUGUUUCUUUUGGAUCUGAACUUUGCUGUGCUCCCUUUUGCAGUGAAAAGUUCUCCACAUCCCCUUUUGAUUUGGGUUGCCCCCCUCUCCGUGCUCCUUCUGUAUAUGAAACUUCUAAACACACUUCUUUUAGGACUGAAAGUUUGUUUUGUUUUGUGUUUUUUUUUUGUUUGUUUGUUUUGUUUUGUUUCUCUUUGAUUGUUUACUUUGAGCCAUGCCUAUAGGAUUUUGGAUUUUUGGAUAUUUUUAUCUAUUGGUCCUUAUUUUUGUGAUCUUUUGCACUAAGUUACUCUGACAAAAACAAAAACUGGAAAAAAAAGCACACUUUCUGGUGAACUAAUGCAAUUUGUAAGCUUGUUGUUUGUUGUUUGUAAUGUACUGAGUCUACAAGCCGAGCUAAGGAAGGAUUAAGGCAACAAUUUAUAUUGACACUCACUCCAUAUCUAGUUCACCUCUGAUUUCUUUUCUGUUUCUCUCCUUUUUUCUCUUUAACAUGUGGGUCUAUCAAAUUGGUGGUAGGAGAUAGAAGAACUUGUGUUAUUAUGCUAAGGUUAUGAUUUUUCUCCUGGCAGUCGCAGAAACCAGAAAUAUGAAGAAAUGGCAUGAAUGUCAAAAUGUCAUCUGGGUGUUCAGCUGUGAGACUGCUCUCCACCAUGGAGAUGUAGUCAUCUCGGGAUGGUGACCUGUAAGGGGGAAUGGGGACAUUACCUCGCCAGAUUACACAGCGAGGCAGUGCAUGAGAGGAAUGCUCUCAGAAAGGUAAAGCUUUUUGAACCAUGUAUGGUAAUCUUUGGGUGGAUAUGAGGGUUUCAGAUCCGUUUCCACAAUAUAUUUGUGCCAUAAAUUGGGUUACCAAUUAUCUGGCCAAAACAUAACCUGAAUUGUCCUGAUGAUCUGCAAAGUAUCAGAGAUGUGCUUCAAUCAUGGGAGAGAAUUUCAAACCACCUCUAAAUCAUAUUAAUCUGAGUCUCCCCAGUUAAAUCACUGGUGCUCUCCCAGCUGCUUCAGAGAAGAAUUUGGGAUUAUUGCCCUCAAACGAUCAUUUAAUGGGUACAACAGGUGAUCCAAAGAAUGGUAUUUGCUUAGAGGCUAUCCUCUUCCCUGUCCCUCUCUCACUUUGGAUGCUUGUGGCAGCUUUCUUGUAAAAUUACUGAUUGCUGUUUAUAUCCCAACACCAUUUGCUUCUUGAUAUACCAGUCAUUCCUCUUGUUGUGGAUUUCAGUCCCACAACUCUAACGAAACUCCAUCUGAUACAAUCUCUGCAUGGGAAAUUAUUUAUUAUUUUGCAUGCCACAGACCAUUAGAAUUUCUUCUUGCAUUGUUUAGGCAAACCAUUUUCUGACAUUUUUGUCAUUGCUGCCAAUGCUGAGCACACGUAUUAAGAAGGAAAGCUGAUCACUUCUGAGUUAAAGCUUAGACACAGUUGGCUGCAGCCCCUCACAACACAGAGGAGUAUUCAGAUACCUGAGCCCACUCCAUGAACUUUCAGACAGAGGUUAGAAGAGCAAGGAGGUAUAUAUAUAUAUAUAUAUAUAUUUCAGAUAUGUAGCCAUAUAAAUCUCUGUGAGUUUUGCAAAUGAAAUAUUUGACGUAGACCAUUAUAUGUAAAUGAUAGGAAGAAGCUAAACAUCAUUACACGUGACCUGCUUUGAAACCCAUUUUGUGGAAGAAACAGAGCCAGCUUCAAAACUGGUGGUAAUCCUGUUGAGGUCAAUCUAGAUACUUCACAGAUGAAUUUAGCCUUAGAUCACCCAAGGCAAGGGCAGUGAUGAUCUCCUGCAAACUGAGCCUGACAUAUAUGAAUUCAAGUCAGGACCUUAUAUUCGUCAUCCCCUACUGCUGUCAACAAGAGUUGCAUUCACUGCAAUUAUGUGUGUCUUCUAGCAGAACUGAGGAUAAAACUCAAGAUAAGGCAAUGAACUUCGGCUCCACUUAAGCCCAUGUCAUGUUUUAAGUCACCUUCACAAGUUUCUGGAAAUGUGAGUAGGGCUGUUAUCAACCAACUUGGGAGCCAACGCAUUGAUUUUAAGAGGAUUUUAUGCAUUUUUAAUGGAAUACACCUCUUGGUGGACUGUGGUUUGCUGUAUCCUACUUGAAAAAUGAAUGCACCCUAUAAAGGGGAAAAAAAAAAAAAAAAAAAAGGCUUCACAGGCUGAAAUCUAGCUGAGAUUAAAUACUUAUAAUAAUUAAAAAUUGGCCCUUCUAGGGAGGAGCCCUGCAUCAUUCGUUUUACUUUGUUCUACUUAAAUUACAUUAAAUAAAUCUCUCAGAACACUGCUCAUUUCAGUAGCAAAGAUCUUUUUUUUCUUUUAAUGGUCUGUUCAAGGGUAAUGCAAGAGUCUCUCAGUUACAGUAAAAAGUAAAAUGGAGAUUUAGAUGAUUCCCCUUUCACUAUCUGGUUUUCUAAAGAGAAUUCCACAGGACGUUGCCUCAGUCCACGUCAGUUUUGUAGACAAUGUAACGUCUUACUACACUGUUCGGGGAUUGAAAAAAUUUAGCCUUAGCUUCUUUUGUUUUCUAUGGUUACUGUUGUACAGAAGAAAGACUUAAACUGUAAAUAAUGUAUAUUUAAUAAAAAGAGACUUUUUGUAUGAUUUUGUGUGGAAGA